UAUCAGUGGUUGAUCCGAGAAUAAGAAACGUCGAAGAGAAAAAGAGAGAAGAGAAGGAAACAGAGGAGUGAGGGGUAGGGGUUGGUGGAGCGAGAGAGGAAUAGGGUUCGGGGGGUUGCUGAGGUCGAAGAUGCACCCAAAAUGUGGAAGGAUUUGGGAGAUAGAGAAGCGGGUAAACUCCGCCCUUAUUCCUUUUCCAAUCGCAUUACAUCCGAUCGCAUCGCUUCUCUUCAACUUUCUAAUUAUAAAGAGAUCGUCUCUCCUCACAGAGGCGCUGUUAACUCCCUUCAGGUUGAUUUGACAGAGGGGCGGUAUUUAUUAUCCGGUGCAUCAGAUGCAUCAGCUGCUGUUUAUGAUAUUCAACGUGCCACAGAAUAUGAGGGGGGUAGUCUGGUUGCAAAACACAAGAGCAUUUUUGUUGUUGACAAGCAACAUGAGCAUGGACACAAGUAUGCUAUAUCCUCAGCCAUAUGGUAUCCCAUUGACACAGGGCUGUUCAUCACGGGUUCAUAUGAUCAUUACAUCAAUGUUUGGGAUACAAAUACCACACAGGUAGUGGUGAAUUUUAAAAUGCCUGGAAAGAUUUAUAGGACUGCAAUGUCUUCACUGGCGACAGCUCACAUGCUUAUUGCUGCUGGAACCGAAGAUGUUCAAGUUCGCCUUUGUGAUAUUGCUUCAGGAGCUUUUGCUCACACUUUAUCUGGUCAUCGUGAUGGUGUAAUGACAGUUGAAUGGUCUACUUCUAGUGAGUGGGUUUUGGUAACUGGGGGAUGUGAUGGUGCAAUACGAUUUUGGGACAUCAGACGUGCUGGAUGUUUUCUUGUUUUAGAUCAGUCCCAAUCACAGCUUGGUAGACGCCCACCUCUCCUUGAACGCUCUACUGCGAAUAAGGCUCCAAUGUCAAAGUCCUUGCCAGCAAGCCAAAGUGUAAAUGUUAGAUCCCGUGCACCACAAAGGAAAUUUGCUUAUGGGAAUGGUUCAAAACAGUCAGCUACUGGUAGAACUUCAAGUCAAGCCAAGGGAUUGGUCAGGCAGAGACUACAUCCAGGGAUGUUAUCUAGUCAGGACCGUGCCACUUCUCAUUAUGGUGCUGUUACUGGAUUAAAAGUAACUGACGAUGGCAUGUAUCUUCUGAGUGCAGGUUCUGAUUCAAGAUUAAGGUUGUGGGAUAUUAUGUCCGGCUGCAACACACUAGUGAACUUUGAAACUGUGCGGCUACAAACCAGCAAAGCAAUGCAGUUGGCUAUAACUAAUGAUUCAGCACUUGUCUUUGUUCCUUGCAUGACAGCCGUAAAAGCAUUUGAUGUCUGGUCAGGUAAGACAGCCAUGACAUUUCGUGGCCACUACGAAUAUGUGAAUUGUUGCUGGUUAAGCUUGCAGGAUCAGGAAUUAUAUACAGGCGGCAAUGAUAGACAAAUUCUUGUUUGGUCACCAUCUAGAUUGAAUUUUGAUGAAAUGGAUCAUGGCAGCAGGAAAGAGUCGAUUCAUGCACAGGAUCAGGAUAAUUGGAGCGAUUGACAUUCCUUGCUACCUGAGAUUAUGUGGGUUUUCCUUUUACAUGUAACUUAACCUCUUAAAUCUUGUAUAUUUAUCGCCGCUUUUUGUAUGUAUUUUGUUGUUGUUUGGUUGCUUUGGAUAUUUGAUUCUAAUAAAUUCCCUAUCAGAAUGUCAGAAUGGCAAAAUCUAGCUUCUCCUUUGUAAUGAUUUUGUGUUAAAUUUAGGACUAUCAUGUUUCCAUGACUUGUACUAAUCAAGUUACAAUGCCUGAAAA